AUGCGCUCGACUACUCUUUCCGCCGUUGCAGGCCUCGCAAUCCUGGCGCCCUUCACAGCCGCCCAGUCAACCUCGCCCAAGCGCGGUCUCUGCUACGUCCCAUCCAACAAGUUUCCUGGCGAUGAUUCCAUCUGGAUGCAGGGUGAUCUGACAUGGUACUACAACUACAAAGCACAGCCGUCAGACGCCUACAAGAACAACAACAACCUCCAAUUCGUGCCCAUGCUCUGGGGCGCCUCAGACAGCGACACCGGGACGCCCUUCUACGACAGUGUCAAGAGCCAAAUCGACGGCGGCGCAAACAUCAGCUACGUCCUCGGCUUCAACGAGCCCGACGGCCCGCACUCGACCGGCGGCUCAGCGCUCCCCGUCGACCUGGCCGCCGCCCGCUGGAAGGCCGAGAUCGAGCCCCUCAAGAAGCUGGGCGUCAAGGUUGGUGCGCCUGCCGUCACCGGCGCUGCGUCGGGAUGGGCCUGGCUGCAGAACUGGUUCACCGCGUGCGACGGCGGGUGUACGCCUGAUUUCAUCCCUGUGCAUUGGUACGGCAACUUCGAGGGCAUGGCGAGUCAUAUCGGGCAGGUCAUGGCUACGUACCCGAAUAUGACUGUCUGGGUCACUGAGUACGGGUUCCCGGGCCAGGAGCUCAAGGCGACGCAGGAAUUCUAUAACAUGAGCAAGAACGCUAUGGAUGGUUGGGACAACUUGACUCACUACUCGUACUUCGGCGCCUUCCGCAGCGAUGUCUCGAACGUUGGCCCCAAUGCUGCUAUGCUCACACAGGACGGCAAGCUCACGGAUAUCGGCUCGUGGUACAUGGGUGGUGUCUCGACGAAUAAUAUUCCCAAGGGUCUCGGUGGCCGUAUUGAGACGAUCGGCAUGGAUAGCCGCGUGUUCGUGGCUAUUGGCGUUCCGGCUGGGAUAUUCUGGGCUUAG